CUUUUGCAGACAACAGAUCCCGUGCCUACACCGCUGACUGGGACUGAUAAGUGGGAGGUGUUGACUGCAACAGCAGCAGAAAAGGAUCAGCCUGGAUUGAUGCAGAUCCAGAGUCAAGGAAUUCUAACAUCAAAUGGACAAUAUGUUCUUCCUCUCCAGAACUUACAGAGUCAGCCCAUCUUUGUGACAUCUGGAACAGACUCUUCCUCUGCCAAUUCAGUGCCUAACAUUCAGUACCAAGUAAUUCCUCAGAUUCAGACAGCAGAUGGACAGCUAAGCUUCUCGUCUGCUGUGGAAGGUGCCACUCUGAGUCAAGAUGCCACAGGACAAAUUCAGAUCUUGCCGGAUGGUGGCCAGACUCUUAGUGUGACAUCAGCUGCAAACAUCCUUAAUAACAACAACUUCAUCUCACAGACUGGUAACAUCCAGCAGAUCCAGGGGGUUCCUAUUGGUAGCUCCACCUUCAGUAGCCAGGGUCAGGUUGUCACUAAUGUGCCUGUGGGUUUGCCCGGGAACAUUACAUUCGUUCCUAUUAACAGUGUGGACUUGGACUCCCUUAGCUUGUCUGGAGCUCAGACUAUAGCAACAGGAGUCACUGCUGAUGGCCAGCUAAUUAUGGCUAGUCAGCCUGAGGAUGGCACAGAUAGCCUGGCGAAGAUGGAUGAUCACCUCUCACAGACAUUAUCAGUAAGUGGCUCAAAUGCAAAUCCGGAGAUAUUUGUGCCAACUUCUUCCUCUCAGCUGCAUGAUCCAGCAAAUGAAUCAGGUCUGCUGACACAGAACACUUCGCUUUCAUCAGUGGCUCCGGAGCAAGCUGACUCAAGUUCUGGUGCACAGGAAGGCUUUAUCCAACAGAAUCAAGAGCAGAGCCUGCAGGCAUCCUCAGCUCAGCCCGUCAUCCAUCUGCAGCAAGUGCCUGUUCACACCAGCAAUGGUCAGGUGGUCCAGUCAGUGGCUGCAGAUGGACAGAGUCUGCAAAAUGUGCAGCUGAUCAACCCAGGAACCUUCAUCAUCCAAGCACAGACCGUCACUCCUUCGGGUCAAAUACAGUGGCAGACUUUCCAAGUGCAGGGUGUGCAGAACCUGCAGAACCUCCAGCUGCCCACUACACCACCACAGCAGAUAACUCUGGCUCCCGUCCAAACCCUGUCUCUGGGUUCUAGUCCAGUCAGCAUCGGCACAGGACAUAUUCCCAACCUGCAGACAGUGACCGUCAACUCUGUGACUCAACAGGAAGGAAACACAGACUCUUCUGGAGACAUUCGCAUCAAAGAAGAGCCUGACUCUGGGGACUGGCAGCUGGGCAGUGACUCCACCCUAAACGCCAGCGAUCUCUCUCACCUAAGAGUGAGGCUGGUGGAGGAGGAGGAUCAGUUUGGCCAGGAGGGCAAGAGGCUGCGCAGGGUGGCGUGCACUUGCCACUGUAAAGAGUCUGGAGGAAGGGGUUCCAGCAUGGGCAAGAAGAAGCAGCACAUCUGCCACAUUGCAGGCUGUGGGAAAGUGUACGGAAAGACAUCCCACCUGCGAGCACAUCUGCGCUGGCAUUCAGGAGAGCGACCUUUUGUUUGCAGCUGGAUGUUUUGCGGGAAGAGGUUCACACGCAGCGAUGAGCUACAGAGACACAGGAGAACACACACAGGUGAAAAAAAGUUUGUCUGUCCAGAAUGCUCCAAGCGCUUCAUGCGGAGCGACCACCUGGCGAAGCACAUUAAAACUCAUCAGAACAAAAAAGGCGUGAACUCUGGUAGCGCGGUGGUGGCUUCGAUGGAGUCGGCGGGGUCCUCAGACAGCAUCAUCACCACAGCAGGCGGGACUACGCUCAUCCUCACCAACAUCCAGCAGGGUUCCAGCACUGCCCAGGACAUCCUGGCCAACGCCGAGAUCCCCCUCCAGCUCGUCACCACGAUAGCAGCCAGCGAAGUCAUGGAGUGAUUUAUGCUCUAAUUGUGAACUUUGAGCACCUCUCUUAUACUCUUCCCCACAUUUUUAUUCAAGUUUUAAGACAUUUAAUUAUAAAUAUAUAUAU